AUGGCAUCAAGAGAUCUAGAGCUCUUGAUUCCUGUGUCCGGCAUAUCAGAAAAUACAUCAAAAUCAUCCACCUCUUCUUCUGCAAACGUUAGUUCCACCCAAAAUCACUCUGGGCAGGAGGCUUUUUUGAAAGUGAUUCGCAGUUGGGCAUCAAAGAAGUUUAUGUCAGGAUGUGUCAUCCUUCUUCCUAUCGCAAUAACAUUCUAUGUCACUUGGGGAUUUAUUCGGUUUGUUGAUGGUUUCUUCUCCCCAAUAUAUAAUCAUCUAGGAAUCAAUAUUUUUGGUCUUGGAUUUAUUACCUCCAUCACUUUCAUAUUCUUGGUUGGAAUUUUCAUGUCAUCAUGGUUAGGAGUUUCAGUUCUCACCCUUGGUGAAUGGUUCAUUAAGAAAAUGCCUUUUGUAAGUUAUAUAUAUGUUGCAUCAAAACAAAUAAGUGCAGCAAUAUCACCUGAUCAAAGCUCAAAUGCUUUUAAGGAAGUUGCUAUUAUAAGACAUCCUCGUGUUGGUGAGUAUGCACUUGGAUUCAUCACUUCUUCAGUUAUUCUAAGGAAUAGAGAUGAUGAAGAACUAUUUUGUGUUUACAUUCCCACGAAUCACUUGUAUAUUGGAGAUAUCUAUCUCAUUAGCCCAAAUGACAUUCUAAGGCCUAAUUUAUCUGUUCGAGAAGGGAUAGAAAUUGUUAUAUCUGGUGGCAUGUCAAUACCUCAAAUAUUAACUACUAUGGAUGCUCAUGUCACAUUUGCUCCCAGAAAGGCAACAUAUUCAUCAAAAGUAUAA